AAGGCCAAGAGUUAACGAGGACAAUCUAUCAAGCAUUCUUCAUAAUUCGAUUAAUACUCAAGAGCGAACAGCAAUUUGGUGGAAUUCAAAAUGAAUUGUAUGCGCUUGUUAACCGCUACACAGAGACACUCGAUUUUCAAAAUAUUCUCAGCCAGAUAUGUAUCACAACACCCACAAAAGUUCUUAGAGAUACAGGAUCGGUGGCGAGAGAAGGAUAACGUGUCUAAAAACUAUGAAUUAAUUUACAAAGCUCCUAUGGAGAAGUUACUAAACUACGCCACAGCAUACUUGACUUUUUCAACAACCACAGUUGGUGCUGCAGGACUAUACUAUGCUGUAUUUGUAUACGACAUAGCAGACGUUGACACGCCUGUAGUGUUAGGAGAUAAUGUAGUUAUAGCGAACAGUGGAAUUGAAUGCCUGUCAUAUCUUGGAGCAUUUGUUGCUUUUCACGUAAUGAUCAAGAUUCUUCUAUCCAAAUAUGUUAUUCGCCUGUAUCAGCACGAAGACAACUAUAUUGCUGUGUUCAGAGGCCAUAUGUUUAAUUCUAUUCAUAAGCAUGAAUUUAAAUUAAACGAGUUUAAGAAACUCAAUCCUACUUUAGUAGUAACAUGGGGUGAUUCUAGAUUUGGGCUGGGCAAUAAGCAUGCUAUUCUGUUGGACAAUUACUUUAAAACCCCUGAAUAUUUUAAUUACUUACUUUAUAAGAAGAAAACAGAUGGUGGCCCUGAAGACAAUGCUGGUGUGCAGUAGAUGUUUAGUGUUAUUGGUUUAGGCCAGUGCUAGUUUUUGUUAAUAAAUAUCUCAUUGCUAUUUGUUUAGUUUCAUUUAGUGACCCUUUUAUUACCGGAGCUGGC